CUCGAAGUAGCGUCGCAGUGAGCAGCAAGGUCGGUCCCCCUAGAACAGCACAGUCAGAGCGGAGGACGAGGGCAUAUUUGGUCGCAAUUGAUCCAGUGCCAUAAUAAACGGCCGUCGGAUCCAUCGUGACAUUUGCAACUGGCUGUAGAGGAGGAUACAUUUGAACAGGAGUAGUUCGAGUAGUGAGGCGCUGCAGCCGUCGCCGGGACAACCUGCUGGUUUUGUUGUUGUUACAGAAGAGGGGAGCACUAAGCGACGGAUUUAAUCAUUAAACCGGGUUACCCCCACUUCGGUGCUACUUGCAUGGAUACAUCAUGGCCUCGUUAGUUUGCAGGGUUCAGUUUUUAGAUGACACCGAUCCAUUUAACAGUACAAAUUUCCCAGAGCCGACAAGACCACCGCAAUACACUUUUAGGGAAGACAUCCCCCUCAUCAACCAAAUUGCCGGUGUCCACCGACUUCUAAAAGCCCCGCACAAGCUCGAUGACUGUGCCCUGCAGUUGUCCCACAAUGGCACGUAUCUGGACCUGGAGUCGUCGUUGGCGGAGCAGAGAGACGAGCUGGAGGGCUUCCAGGAGGACUCCGCCGCAGGGAGAGGCAAGAAGCACAGUGUGAUUCUGCGCACACAGCUGACAGUCCGGGUUCACGCCUGCAUCGAGAAGCUGUACAACUCCAAUGGACGUGACUUGAGGAGGGCACUGUUUUCCCUCAAACAGAUAUUUCAGGAUGACAAAGACCUGGUGCAUGAGUUUGUGAUGGCGGAGGGUCUGACCUGCCUCAUUAAGGUCGGGGCGGAGGCUGACCAGAACUAUCAGAACUACAUCCUGAGAGCUUUGGGUCAGAUCAUGCUGUAUGUGGACGGGAUGAACGGGGUCAUAGGUCACACGGAGACUGUCCAGUGGCUAUACACACUGAUUGGUUCCAAGUUUCGUCUGGUGGUGAAGACAGCUCUCAAGCUACUGCUGGUGUUUGUGGAGUACGCUGAGAGUAACGCCACUCUGCUCAUCCAGGCUAUCUCCACUGUGGACUUCAAGAGAGGACGCAAGCAGUGGUCAAAUGCUAUGGAGAUCUUGGAGGAGAAGGAUGGGGUAGACACUGAACUUUUGGUGUAUGCCAUGACCCUCAUCAACAAGACCCUGGCGGCGUUGCCGGACCAGGACUCGUUCUACGACAUGGUGGACGUGCUAGAGGAGCAGGGCAUGGAGGUGGUGUCCAAGCGACACUUGGGCCGCAAGGGCACCGACCUGGACCUGGUGGAGCAGCUCAACAUCUACGAGGCAGCUUUGCGGCACGAGGACGGCGACAAUGAAACAGAGCCGCCGCCGUCCGGCUGCAGGGACCGUCGGCGGACCAGCGUCGGGGGCAGCAACGACAAACGCAGCCUGGAGAGGCGCCGCAGUCGGAGACACUCAUUGGGCCGCUCCGGCCCCGCCUCUCCCCUAAGCCCCGCCUCCCCACACCGCGGGGGAUUCCAGCCCUUCAACGGGCAGAAGUCCGAGGACAUGAGCGAGAGAACUCCUUGGGUGUUUGAGCUCCUUCAGUCGAUCAGAGAGGAGGAGUAUGAGGAGGAGGAAGAAGAGGAGCUGGUAACAGAGUCGGAAACGGAGGAGGAGGAGGGGGAGGGGCAGUCCUCUGGUCAGGGUGGCCUCAGUGGAUCUAGUGCCAAGCAAACACAAGCACCAAAACCGCCAUCAACACCAACAUCAGCAAACAAGCCCAUGGCGCCAGCCACAGCCAGGACUCCGAUAAAGAGGGAUGAGACCAAGGAGGGAGAGAGGAGGAAGAGAAAGACGAGUGCGGAAUCCUCUCCUCCGUGGGCGGCCGUCUCCUCUCCUGACCCCAGCCCACAGCCCUCGCUCCUGGCAUCGCUCCUCGUCCGCCGCAGGUCGUCCGUCAGCGUGCCGUCGGCAUCGGAGGUGACCCCUCGGCCCAUGGAGCGCCUCCCCUACCUGCCCCACUCGCCCUUCCACCUCUUCUCCUACGACCUCCAGGAGGAGAAGGAGGAAGAGACGUCGCCGGACAAAUCUAAGGGGGACAGGAAUGGGAAGUUUAUCAAUCCUCCCUUUGCACCUGCAAACAAUGCAGACAGGCCUCCUCUGGGAGGUCUGCUGUCCUCCUCCUACCGGCAGCACCAGGAGUCUCUGGCCGCGGAGCGCGAGAGGAGACGCAUGGAGAGAGAGGAACGCCUGCAGAAGAUCGAGAGGGAGGAGAGGAAUCGAUUCAGUCGGGACUAUGUGGACAAAAUGGAAGAAGCCAGGCACGCCCGCGAGGAGAGGUAUAAGACGGUCGAGCGUCUUGCUGCAGAGGAGUACGAGCGGGACCGUGUGCGUUCAGCUCCACGUGGGCUCAGUCUGUCCCUGAGCCCUGACGACUCCUGUCAAUCAUCCCGCAGUGGCACGCCUUCCUCCAUCGCCUCCCAGGACAACCAGGACACGCCCACCACGCCCUAUCCCCCCUCUGAAUCAGAAACAGGAGUUGAAUUAGAACCAGACUUUAACGUGAGCCCAGAACCAGAGGAGAAGGAAACCGAAUCUCCCGAGGAGGACCAGGCCGUGGAACAGGAGGAAGAGGUGGAACAGGAAGAGGAAGCAGCUAAAGAGCAGGAAGAAGCUGAGGCAGAGGAGCCGGCUCCGGAGCAGGAAGAGGAGGAGCCUGCGGAGGAAGAGGAGGAGCCAGAACGUGAAGCAGCCAAUGGAGAGGCGGCGGAGGAUAGCGGUAUCCUGAGCGACAAGGAGAGACAGAAUGAGGAAGUGAACGAGAAGGACAACUGUUCCGCCUCCAGCAUCUCCUCUGCCAGCAGCACCCUAGAGAGAGAGGAGCGACUCGCUGGCAACAACAAUGAGACUGGUCCAUGGGCCCAGUCAGUCAAAGAUGCGGAUGUGAACGAACAGUGCAGCAAGAUCCUCAACAGCAAGCUCUUCAUGCUGGACAUGCUGUACGCCCAGGCCAAGAAGCCGGCCGAGGAAGAGGAGGAGGAGGAAGAGGACGAGGAGAAGAAGGAGAAGGGCCAGGACGAGAAAGAGAGUGAGGGCGACUCGUCGGCGGCCGCCGUCGCCGGAGCGGGCGAGCAGGCGGGCGAGGAAGGCGCCGAGUUGAAGUCAGAUGGCGACAAGCGCACCUCGAACGUCCGGGCGUUCGCAGAGAAGUUCGGCGACCUGGUGAAAGGGUUGACCUCGCCGCACGCGGAGUCGCCGGAGACGCCCGACAAGCAGCAGCAGCAGUCGCCGCCGCCUCCGCCACAGCCCCCGAAGAAGGAGUCGGACUACAUCUGGGACCAGCUGCUGGCCAGCCCGCGCGUCCUGCGCAUCGGCGACAUCGACUUCACCGACCUCGGCGAGGAGGACGACCAGGACUUGCUAGACGCCGGCUCCCUCAUGAGCACGGGCGACCUCCUGACCCCUCCGCCGCCACCCCCCUGCCCCUUCAACCUGCCCCCUCCCCCGCCGCUCUUCGGCAAUUGCCCCCCUCCGCCCCCCAUGCCGGGCUCCAUGAGGAUGCCCCCUCCGCCCCCCUGCCUCUCCUCGGCCCCGCCACCCCAACAGGAGUCCGGCGGAGACCAGCCGCUCUUCCAGAAGAAGAAGAAGACCAUUCGGCUGUUCUGGAGCGAGGUGAGGCCCGACUGGCAGUAUCGGGGCUACCGGCGACUGCAAGGGUCACUCUGGGCCAAGCUGGAUCCCGUGAAAGUGGACACGGCCAAGCUGGAACACCUGUUCGAGAGCAAGUCCAAAGAGAUCCCCGUCACCAAGAAAACCGCUGCGGACGGCAAGCGGCAGGAAAUCAUCGUGCUGGACUCCAAGAGGAGCAACGCCAUCAACAUCGGCCUGACUGUGCUCCCUCCCCCACGCACCAUCAAGACGGCCAUCCUCAACUUCGACGAGUACGCGUUAAACAAGGAGGGCAUUGAGAAAAUCCUGACGAUGAUCCCUACGGAGGAGGAGAAGCAGAAGAUCCAGGAGGCCCAGCUGGCCAACCCAGACACCCCGCUGGGCAGCGCGGAGCAGUUCCUGCUCACGCUCUCCUCCAUCAGCGAGCUCUCCGCACGCCUGCAGCUCUGGGCCUUCAAGAUGGACUACGAGGUCACAGAGAAGGAAGUGGCCGAGCCUCUGCAGGAUCUGAAAGAGGGGAUGGACCAGCUGGAGAGGAACAAGACACUCCGUUACAUCCUGUCCACUCUACUCGCCAUUGGCAACUUCCUCAACGGCUCCAGCGCCAAGGGUUUUGACCUGAGCUACCUGGAGAAAGUUCCAGAAGUGAAGGACACGGUGCAUAAACAGUCUCUGCUGCAUCACGCCUGCGCCGUAGUGGUGGAGAACUUCCCCGAGAGCACAGACCUCUACUCGGAGAUUGGCGCCAUCACUCGCUCAGCCAAGGUGGACUUUGACCAGCUACAGGAGAACCUCACACAGAUGGAACGGCGCUGCAAAGCAUCAUGGGACCACCUCAAGGUCAUCGCCAAGCACGAAAUGAAGCCGGUGUUGAAGCAGAAGAUGUCUGACUUCCUGAAAGACUGCGCCGAGAGGAUCAUCAUUCUGAAGAUUGUGCACCGUCGAAUCAUGAACCGGUUCCACGCGUUCCUGCUGUUCCUGGGCCACCCAUCAUACGGCGUGCGUGACAUCAGCGUGCACCGCUUCAGCAAGAUCGUGAGCGAGUUUGCGCUGGAGUACCGCACCACGCGCGACCGCGUCCUGCAGCAGAAGCAGAAGAGAGCUGACCACCGCGAGCGCAACAAGACGCGCGGCAAGAUGAUCAUAGACGUCAACGCCCCCACUGAUGAUGAAGAAGACUUAGAGUCUGGCCGGCUGGGUGGCGGUGGCGGUGGCAGCGCUGGUGGUGGUGGUGGCGGUGGUGGUGGUGGUGGGCCUGGUGGCUCCGGUGGGGCGCAGGAGAACCAGCAGCCCCAGGGCCUGGGCCACGCCGAGGACGCCGCUGAACACGAGCACAUGAAGGCAGUGCUCAAGACCAGCCUGCAGAGCGGCGACAAAGAGGCCUCAUCCAUGGUACCUGGCCUGCGCAUGCGAACGCGGACCAGGCCCAGCAGAGGUCAACCUCGCACAGCCUGGACAUCAGCAGCCAAUGAGGAAGCAGUGGCCAUGACAGACGAUGCUGCAGACGAGAUCAUGGAGCGCAUUGUGAGGUCGGCGACACAAGGGCCCAGUCAGAGAGCCCAGCCACGGGAGAGGAGGCGGUCUCGCGCCAAUCGCAAGUCACUGAGGAGGACCCUGAAGAACGGACUGACGCCGGAGGAAGCACAAGCUCUGGGAUUGGCUGACAACCCAGAGAUGCCUGUGUGAAGAGCCAGAAUCUGUGUCUGUAACAUCACGGACACACCCUCCUUACUGACCCUAGGCAGCACACACACACACACACACACACACACACACACACACACACACCGAACCCCCACCCCACCCCACUCCCCUCGUCACACUCCGGCCUUCUUACUGCCGCCACCCACAACAUUCAUCGGCCAAUCACAAGCCUUUCCACAGCUCCUUCCCCUGCUGCUUGAUGCCGCUAGCGCUACUGUCCGUGGCCGUUUGACUAGCCGCGGCGUUGUAGGAAUAUGUGUGUGUUUACCUUCCUCAUUUUGGUGUUGCUGAAAACAAGGGCAGAAUUCUUUUUCUUUUAAACAAAAUGACCCAUGGGUUGAUUCCAAGUGAGGGGCAUCGAUAAGACGAAGAAGAAGGAAGUGUUUUUGGAAAGUGAUGAGAAAAAUAACCAAUGCGGAUGAAAAAAGUGAAAGCUUCUGAUACGAUUGUGACUCAGGGUUUGAUCCUAUCAUCUCGUAAUGUUUAUCAUUGUGGCUGUUUUUUGUUUGUUUGUUUGUUUUUUUAUCUUUCGGGAACUUUUUCCAAAAUUGGUACUCACAAUACCAGAUACAGCACAUGAACAAGAGACAGCCAUUUCAGAUGGGUUAGUGUGCUAGUUAUUGUGACAACCCAAGUCCCUACACUUCCAGUUUGGCUUUAUGCAUUACAACGUACAUUACGUUUUUUUAAAAACGUUCCUGAAAUGAAAAAUACUAGAGAGUUCUGCUUGAGCUACAAUCAUGCAUCUUAAUGGAACUUAUGAAAUAGUAGGCCUACAUAAAAAAAUAAAAAAAUAAAAAUCAUGCACACUCACACCUGCAUGUCGAGGGCCUUCUAAAUGAAUACCAAACUGUGUGAUAUAGGAUGAGUAAUGGUAUCCUUUCCUUAGGUGCUAUAGGUCUAGAUUAAGUUACUACAUGGCUAUCUACUCAGUAAACAGGGAUGCCCAUCUUAAUCUAGAGAUCAACGCUAUCCUAGCUUUGUAUUGUCUCAGAGGCCUUCUCAGUCCAUCUGUACGAUGUGUUGAAAUUCACUUCCAUUUCUCACCACGGAUCUUAUUGCUCAUCUCAUUCUUCUGCUAUUUGCCAAUUGUGGGUAUCUCUGUCUCCAUGUGCUUGCUUGCUUUAACUAUGAGCACAGGGCCUACUCUACUGCCACUUUUCCACCACCCUUUGGGAGUGCUUUGCAUUUAACCUGGCAUAGAGUUUUGUUGAGACACAUAAUGGACAGUAAUGAACGCUGCAAAAGGAAAAUAGAGACACCAGUUGUUUUUUUAGAGACAUACAGAGAUGUUAGAGAUUGUUACUGACACAAUGUCCACUUGAAUUUAACGGAAAACAAGCCUAGAUUUGAUGGGAGAUGUUUUGUUUUAAUUUACAGUUAAUUUUCCUGAAUGUCAAAUCAUCUACAACCCACUCACGUCUUUUGCAAUUGUGUCGGCUCCAAAUGAGUGGUGACAGUUCUAGUUUGGUUUGUGCCUUCCUGCAAUAUGAGGCUGCAGUUCUUGAGAAGGAGGUAGUUUUCCUGUCCCUUUACAGCACACAUGAUCAAGACUACAGAUGACCAUUAGAACAAAGAUACUGACACAACUUGAGUCAAAUUGAUUAGUGUAGAACAAACAUUUUCAUAGACCAUCUAUUGGUAAAAUAUUGGUUAGGUUACAGAAAGGCUGCAAGAGGCUUAUUUUUCGUUGCUGUUGUUUUUGUUGUCAUUGUUUUUGUGUCAUUUCCCAGUACUAUAUUACAAUUUCAUUAUUUAUUGAGGAGAUUCACUACUUUUUAAGAGGAACAUUUGAUAAACAAUACUUUUUGAGAACCGUAGGUCAGUUAAUGCCACGGUAGUCUGGCACCUUAAUCUCAAACUCUUGCGUGGGAUGUUCAUGGAACCAUUGUCAAAAUUUCAGAGAAGAUCUCAUUCAGACUCCUUCCUAGUCAAUCUUAUACUGGAAAUUGUAAAAAGGACAAAAGUGUACAAAAAUUAUAAACAUUUAAAAGAGGGAUAUUGUAAAAAAAGUAUGUAAAUGCCCUGCUUUGUUGUCAAUUUUGUUUGUCUGUGUGUAAUGUUUUUUUUUUUUUUUUUUUUUUUUUGUAAUUUCUGUAGAAUAGUGUAUUAUAGACAGACGAAGAGCAGUGUUAUUAUUAUAUUAACUGUAAUUUAAGAGAAAACAGAACAAAAAGCCAUGCAUGGUCACAAAUAUAUAAAUACAUAUAUAAUUCUUUUUGCAAACGGCUUUCAACCACAAAUUUUGAAAUUUGUUAAUAUUGAAAUUACUUCUGUUGGCUUUUUUCAGAUUCUUGUUGGCUCAUAACUCCAUUAAACUGAAUGAAAUGUUGUCACAUUGUGGAAUUAGAUGCCUACGCUGUUUUAAAGCUCCUGUCUAUGAAUUUACAUGUCCACUGGAAACAGUAGGCUACAUUUACACAACCUGCAAUAAAGCCUUGUAUGAAUAGA